AUGAAGAGCCGAGGGCUGCACUAUGACAUCAACAAAAGUGGUCCCAUGUCUGCUGAAAUUUUAGGAACAACGAAGGAAAGGAAAACUUGGAGGUAUAGUGUUGACCUUGCCAAAAGAGAAUGUGGUUGUGGACAAUGGGAGGUGUCUGGAAAACCAUGCACUCAUGCUAUAUACUUAUUUGGGAAACUGAGGCAAGUAAACAUUGAGGACUUUGUACAUGAUUACUAUUCUGUAGAGAGAUUCAAGAUGACUUAUCAAUUUCAGAUCACUCAAAUGAAUGACAAGUCUAAAUGGCCAAAGGUCGAUCCUGGAUUUGAAAUGAUUCCUCCACCGCUACAAAGGGUUGCUGGCAGACCAAGGAAACAAAGAAUAAAGGCUAAAGGAGAGCCAGGAAAAAGAGGACCAUACCAAUGCAAAAGGUGUUUUCAGUUUGGACAUAUAGAGAAGGGUUGUAAUGCUACUCAAGCUGAAUUAGAACAAGAACUUCCACCACCUCGUCCGAAAAAAGGGAAAAAACCAAGGAUAAACAAAUCUGAAGCCGUUGGAGCCUCCACAAUUGAUGCUGGGACCUCCAAAGCUGCUGCUGAACCCUCUCCAACGCCACAUUUAAGCCCAAGAGUAACAACUAGAAGAAUGUCAUCUCUUUCUCCAACUAGCCCAGGUGUAACAACUAGAAGGAUGGCCGCAAUCUCACCUGUUGGAAUCAAUUGGAGGCUCAUCAUUGAGUAG